AUGGCUUCUUCUCACUCAGAAGUAGAAGAGAAAGAGGCUUACCAGUAUUGGGGCUACCUUUUCAAGCAGGAUCGCACAGGUACUGAUAUGCUCAAGAAUUUGCUUCGCGGCAUACACAAAACUAUAGUGAGUCAUGGUAAGAUUGCAUUCACCGCUCGCCCGAGAUCUGACUGUUCAUCGCAGACAACAACAUUCGACCCAUCCGAGUCACCAGAUGUCACUCCUUCUCAGCUGGCUCAAUUCUACCGAGCAGUCAACGGAAACUAUGACCCACUCUUCCUCUCGACUCCACCUUCAACUAUCGCAUUCAUCUACAAANACUUGGGCUGCCUGCACAGUCUGCAGCCUCCAGCCAACCUCGGAGACCGCUAUUCCGACCCUGUUGUACCGUCUCUGAAGGUUGAAGGAUGGAUCAUGUGGCAGACUGUGCAACUUUUGCUUGGACCUGACGAGCACUCGGAAUUCAUGAGACAGGCGGUGCAGAAGUGGGACAUCAAGAACCCAGAGACUGGCGAGUCAUUUCCAAAGAUCUUGCCAAGAUCUUGUUUCCCUUCUCACCCAGACAUCAGCAUGGUCGAGUGGUAUGAGGGCAUGAGCAGUCGUUUGCGCCGCGAAGCCGAAGAGCAAGAGCGCAUCCGAGUACAGCCCAUCGAAGACCGGCCAGACACACCCAACAACUCUAAACACCAUCGCAAGAUCAGCAGAUAUUCCGACAAUGCUCUGACUGAUGACGAGUCGCCACCGGACCAUAAGAACUUUGCUAUUGCCUACUUCCGCGACCCUCUUCUCAGGACAUUUGACGGCAGACCUGGUCUCGUGAGGAAUGGCAGCCGUCGGAGACCUCCGCUCAGCCCUCGUGACUCGUUUGUCAACAGAAGCAAGAGUGUUGCAUCGACCUUCGGUAACGUGAUCAAAAAUGUGGGUAGUCCACACUUGUGGGAUGGUCAUGCAGCAAGUAAGGAAAAGGACAAAGACCGUGAUCAUCGUCGCCGCAAGAGUCUACCGGACAAGCAUCACUAUCAAGACCUUGAUGAUGACGACGGGCGGCAAUACAGCCGACGAGGAUCCCUUCAAGAAUCGCCGCCUGAACAUCACCACCAUCGUCCUCAUCACCAUGAACCGUCAAGCCUCCGACCAAGUCCUACAUAUCACGACCCCAACUCACGCGCCAGACGAACGCAUCCGACCAGUCCGCGAGAAUACUUUCCUCCAGUCGACGACGAAGUCAACAUGCGAAGAUCGAGUUCAGCCACUCAUCUCCACCCACGAUCAGCGAGCCCGCAGAAAUCAGGCUUCAUGCCUUCAGUAUCACCACUAUUUGCUACGCACAUUGCGCGAGAAGGGCAUCGACCAUCUUCACACUCUCGGCCGCCCUCGGCGCGUAGUCCCGAAGUACCCGAAUUUUCGAGGCAUUCUGGAGAUGGAAGCGGCAGUGAGGUAGGAAGCAAUAGAGGAAGCAUCAGAGGCACCAGGCCAAAAGUGGCUAGGUUUCAGGAUUCGCCUGUUGGAGGAUUGAGUGGGAGAAAGUAUCCGGCCGAGUCUGUAUACAGAUGA